AUGCGCAGGACGCUCAGAAGAUCCUGCGAUGCGUGUGCGAGAUCCAAGUUGAGCUGCGAUCUUCGCACACCUCAAUGCUCACGAUGUUUCAAGAAGAAAACCAACUGUGUCUAUGCCAACGAGCCGCUUACCUUGUCGCCCCCCGAGACUACAUACUCUCAUAACGCAGAUGUCGUCCAGAAAGAAUCUUUCUCCUCCCCAGUACUAUGGGUUGAUCCCGGAAGUCAAGCUUUCGAUCCGUUCGACGCCCAUCCAACAACAAGACUACCUCGGGCUCGUGUGCAGCAACUGAUCAUGCACUUCUUGUCAAACAUCGCCUUUCAGUACUAUCCAUUGGAUCUCAAACCAACGUCCAACCCGUUCGUUGUGUCGUGGUGGCCUCUUGCAUUGCAAGACCCAGCUCUCUUCCAUGUCAGCCUCCAGACUGCAUCCUUAGAUAUUGAGCUGAGAGCUCAGAAAGGCUUCGAGAACUCAGAAGUCCUCAUGGCAGAUUCUAUCUCGUUGGUUCGGCGACGGGUCAACGACCCGCUAUUGGCUUCUCAAGACGAAACUAUGGAUUCGGUUGUUACACUUGCAGCUAUAGAGUAUGGUAAAGGUAACACGACAGUCGGUAGUAUGCACAUUGAUGGCGUUAAGGAGAUGGUACGAUUGCGAGGAGGAAUACAUCUUUUGAAGAUUACAAGCCCUCUUACGGCACGCAUGGUUGCUUGGGUUUCCAUGAUACUUAAGCAAACUCCGCAGUUCAAGGUACAGGAUAAUUUACACCUUGGUGACGGAAUAGCACCAAUACCUCAGUGGCUCGACUUACAAGCCAUCUCUCGAGAUCAGCUUCCAUCCGGCUUUCUUAAUCUCGAGCUGGAUCCUUCUAUCAGGGACGUAUUCCUGCGACUGCACCAUCUAUUUCACGUAACACAUGAGCACAAGCUCUCAACUACGGAUCUCCAUGAUUUGACAUGCUACAUCCUACACAAGCUUUUGGCCUGGUCUCCGGACACAUCACAACCUGGGAACCCAAGCUUGAUUUCGACAUCUCGCUGCAUUCAAUAUGCUACAGCACUGUAUAUGCUCAUCGUUCACGGACCAACUUACUUCUCGCACAUGCAUCUGCAGUCCUCCUUGGUCAUGGAACUCAAAAGCAAUCUCGGAAGUCUUCCACCCACAUCGGCGAUUUUACAUGGACCUCUGGCUUUGUGGAUUUUGACCGUUGGAAUGGUCGCAUCACAGGACGCGUUGACGUGUGCCUGGUUCACUACGAAAGCUAUGCCUAUUGCUCGUGACUUAGAGUUGUAUUCAUGGGAUGGAAUUUCUCAAUGCAUCAAAGGCGUGCUUUGGUACAAGACACAGCAUGCGGAAGAACAAUCUCGACGGCUAUGGGAGGAGGCUUUGAGUAUCAUAUGA